AUGUCACAACUGGAUAUAGAAUCUGCGACCUCGACACCACCAGACUCUAACACCAGUCUCCGCAGUAUUUUGGAUUUUUUGAAACGAAAUCUCAACCAUUUCAAAACCACUAAAGGAGUACUAAAACUAGCAGAAUUUCUGUUAGGUGUUCUUUGUGGAUUUCUGGCUUCUCCCAUCUACCCUACAGGAACUCUUUUCCGUUUUAUAGUUUUUACCGCGUUAGUAGGUACAACAAUUUGGAUAAUUCUGUAUAUUGCGAUAGGUAGUGAUAUUCUCACAUCGGUGAUGUGUUGGGUGAUCGCUGAACGUAUCUUUACUGGUAUUGCUUGUAUAGAUUACGCCCUAGCUUCCCUGAUUCAGACCCUAGACUCAACCAACGAAUCAAGAGUUCUUGAUAUGAUUGCAGGCCUUUUCGGCUUUAUCAAUACCUUUCUAUACGGAAUUGGUGUUUUCCUUGUGAACAGUGCACAUUUCGAUCUCAUGUAUUCACUCUCAUAA